AUGCCUCCGGUCGUGGACCCCGUAACCGAGCUGUGGUGGGCCGCACGAUGGCGUGCCGCCUGGCCCCUGCACCGCCGUGUGCCCGGGACUUGCUGGACCUUCGGAGAGGCGAUGUUCCUGCCCAUCAUCUGCUGCGCUGCUGUUGUGUUUGGUGCCAGGAUGUGGGGCGACGUGGAGCGCAGUGGAUACCCGGCCACCUUCUUGGGAGCCUUGACCUACGCGACGGCAUGCCGCAAUUCCAUCCUGACACUGCUGACUGGGGUUCCCUUUGAGAGGGCCAUCUUCUACCACAAGUGCAUCGCGGUGCUGGCCAUCCUUGCGGCAUGCUACCACGGCUACGUUGCACUUAGCUUCCCAGUAGACGUGAGCCAUGCAGCUAUCGGCACGGAGCAGUUCACGUGGAGUGUGCUGGGUGAGGGCAGGAACUGGAGCGGUAUAGCUAUUUUUGCGUGUUGGGUCUCUGCCACUCUGGUCGCGCUUGUGUGGAUAAGGCGCUACCUUUUUGAGAUCUUCAACCGUUUGCACAUUGUCGCAGCCAUGGUCGGCUUGGUCUUUGCGGCCCAACAUGGUGCCACGACCACCCUCGCGGGUGGAGCCUUGUGGGCCUUGGACAAGGUCCUUUCUCUGCUCUUCUCCCUGGCGAAGAUGAACAAGGCUCAGACUCACAAGGCCACGGCUCGUGUGUUGCCUGCCGAUUUGGUAGAGAUCUCCUUCCCGCGGGGCAGUUUCAAGUACAAAGGCGGCCAGUGGUGCAAUGUCUGGGUACCGAACCUGGGGCUGCAGUGGCACCCCUUCAGUCUCAGCUCAAGCCCUCACGAUCCGGAGGUGACCUUCCACAUCCGUGCUCUGGGAGGCUGGACGAAAAGCCUUGUCCGCAGCUUGAAAGAGGUGGAAGCCGGCUCUCCAGUGUCUCUUCCGAUCUAUGUCGACGGUCCCUUUGGUUCCGUGGGCCUGGACAUAGAUGGACCCACCUACAAGUCCUUCCUGCUUGUUGGCGGUGGCAUUGGCGUUACCCCAUUGCGGAGCAUUUGGGGUGAGUUGUUGGACCAGGCUGCCCGUGGCCGAGCUUUCGGCAAGCUUCGUCUCCUGUGGUCCGUCUCUGACUCUGCGAUGCUGGAGGGGCUCGGCGUCCCAGGGCCAAAGGGAGAAACGGAUGCCCAGGUGGAGAUCUUCCUCACGCGCGAAGAGGUCCUCCAGGGCGAGAGGCGAGCGGCGAUCGGCGAUGUGAUGCAACAGGUGGUGCUUGGGAGUCGUCCGGAUCUCAACAAAUCUUUCGAUGAGAUGCGACAGCAUUGCGAGAAGGCCUCGGAGAAGCGUGUGGCUGUGCUUGCUUGCGGUCCCACGAGUCUGAUCAAGGCCACACAGCAGGCGUGUCUGAAGCACUCCCACGGAGGCAUCCGCUUCGAUCUCCACUCUGAAACGUUUGAGUUCUGA